CAUUAAAUUAAUUAGAGGAUUCCCAGCUAAAAACAUGAAGAGUUGAGACUAAAAAUUAAACUUUAAUUUUUUCUUCCGAUCAGCAGUAUUUAAUAAAAAUUUAGUUUGUGCUCAGUGUAAACAGUUCUGGUAGCCAUGGAUUUCAGUCCCCUUACGGACGCUUUAGCUUCCAAAUCUUACGACAAGAUUUCUGAUAUCUGCGACCAACUCAUGCUCAAGUUGGCAGCAGAGGGAGUUCCGUUUCAGGACGAAUGGCCUUACGCAAUUCAUCUUCUAGGUCACAUUUAUAUCAACGAUAUUAAUAGUGCUCGGUUCCUUUGGAAAUCAGUUCCUGCCGCUGUUAAAGAAAAUCAACCUGAAGUGGUUGCUGUUUGGAGAGUUGGCCAGAGAUUAUGGACGCACAAUUAUGCCGCUGUUCAUGAAGCUCUUCGGGCUUUUGAUUGGAGCCAAGAAACUCGGGUUCUUGUUGCUGCUUUCUCUGAACUUUACACGAAGAAGAUGUUUCAAAUGCUAUUAUCUGCUUAUUCCACCAUUAGCAUCCAAGACACAGCUCUUUUCCUGGGAAUGAGUGAAGAUGAUGCUGCGAACUACGUUCUGCAGCAAGGUUGGAUAUUUGAUCCAGCAUCUCGAAUGCUAACUGUGAAGAAGCAGCCGAUUGUGACAGAGCAGAAACUGGAUUCUAGUAGAUUACAGCGGCUAACAGAAUAUGUAUUUCAUCUCGAGCAUUAAUUAGUCCAAUAAACUUAUUUUGAAUACCCAUGUCAAUUAGGUUUCUAGAUCAAAUUAUAAAAAAAAGGCUUCGAACAUAUUCAGAACACUAAUGUGCAUCGAGGAAUCAUAGAUAUUUCAUCUUCUUUCUUUGUUUUUUUUGGAUAAAUGUUUUUCUUCUCUUGUUCUUUGAAUACUUUUGCUAGAGAAGUUUCCAUUUUGGGCAUGAUUGUGGAAUUUGAUAGAUGGAAUUUACGGCGUUCGGUAGAUGAUUUUAAUUCAACUCCCUCUUUGGGUAGACAAAAAGAACAAGAAAAUGUAUUACUUGUGGCGUGGGAUUGAAUUGCUAAGAUGUUUUAAGUAUGGUAUUUGUAUUUUGUAGUCAUUCUCUUGAUCAAGCAGUAUUGCUUUGCAGCAACUCU